CACUACACAGGAGCUGAAAAUCACAAAGUUAAAGAUCACUGUGUAAUGGUUCGGGUACACAAUACAUUUCCAGUUAGAGUUCUGAUGGAUGACAAAUUGGUUUCUGACGUGGCUGUGCCGUUCUUUCUCCCCUUAACGGUGGUCGAAUAUUUCAGUCUAGUCUCCAGGUUUUAGCCUUGGACUGAACUAAAAGGUUACGGAUCCCUCUGUUUGUAAUUGUUUCCUGUUGUUGUGUACAAUGAAAAUGUGCAACGGACGAUCUCACCUGCUGAUUCAGCUAAUUUACAUUACAUUUUUCCCACUUUUUGUGGCACAAAGAGUCGAAGUCUCACCUGAAGUGACUGGAUACAUUGGAAAUGAUGUCACCCUGAGGUGUCAGUUAAUCCAAGGACCAACAUAUACCAAUGUUACUCAGGUUCAGUGGGCUCUCCAGGAUGAAGAAGGAGCAGGAAAAAAGAAAGUCACUCUCAUUGUUUUCAACACUAUGUUUGGAGUGAAUAUUUCUGAGAGUCCACUGAAGGAGAGAGUGGCGUUUGAUAAACAUUCGUUGAUAAUUAAGGCUCUAGAAAUGAAAGAUGCAGGAUCCUAUACCUGCAGCAUUUCCACUUUUCCCAGUGGUACAUUUGAAGGAACCACCAAACUUGUUGUUCGAGAAACGAAACCACUGUCAGCAGGAAUAGUUCUUGCUAUAGUAACUGCUGUCUUGUUGCUGUUAGCGAUCAUGGUGGCCAUGCUUUAUUUCAUCCGCAUUAGAAGACGCCAUUCUUCCGCUGGGUUUCGUUUCGUCAUUGAUACGACUGGUCCAGAGAGAGAGUCGCAAUCAUCUGCAACUGAGAGAGACCAGGAUGUGGUGUACUCUGACAUCAAAGUGAAACCAUCCAGAGAUGCCUCUCCUUUAACCAAUUACAAACUCAGAGAGAGCGUGUAUGUUGACGACGUCACGUACUCCGAGGUCACAGUUUCUCGUCAACCCAAAUCAGACACAGAGUAUGUUUACGUUUAGCAUUUUUAUCAUUUUCUGUUGUGUUUUUGUGUUGGUUUGGUUUGUUAUUGUGAUAAAAAAAAAUUGCCUGAUGAUAAUAUGAACACUUGUUUAGGUGUUUAGUCGUAACCAAAGGAAUAUUUUGGCCUCAUGGUUUCAUGUGUGCAUGUGCUAGAAAAGCACCCACAGGCUGCAAGUCAGAGGACUAAUCAGUGUUUGAUCUAGU